AUUCAGUCUUUGCGUGAACACAGUGGAUUUAAGUACCUUCAUCGUUGUCUGCAACGUUUUUUGAAACAAUUUUGCAUUGGUUUCAGUUAUCUUCCUGUACAAUGGCAAGAGGAAGUCGCAGUCGUCCUUCAACGGCACCAGCGAGAUGUUAAUCCAGAACUGUUGGUGAAAGGUCAAACAAACCGUAUUACUGUCCAUGCCAUUUGUUGAAAACCUUGUGACCUUUGCUCCUGCCCCAUCCUAUGCUCCAGCUCCCACUCCACCUACUCCAAUGGCAGUGGCCCCUGCUCCAGUCCAGCCCAAGCAGCCAGGCCUCAUGGCCCAGAUGGCCACCACAGCUGCCGGAGUGGCCGUCGGUUCAGCUGUAGGACAUGUGAUGGGCAGUGCCAUCACAGGCGCUUUCAGUGGAGGCAGCAGCAGCUCAGAGGCACCCAAACUAGCACCCACAUAUCAGGAGCCCUCACGACUCCCAGCAUCUCAGCCCGGCCCAUGUCUCUUUGAGGUGCGGCAGUUCCUGGACUGUGCAACAACUCAGGCUGAUCUGAGCUUGUGCGAAGGCUUCAAUGAAGCUCUUAAGCAGUGCAAACUCUCACAUGGUGUGUCAUCUCUGAUUUAAAGGAGAACCUGGAAGAUAAUCGAAUAAAAACUCUAAAUGUAGACAAAUAAACUAUAUUGUUCCAGAAUCUCAAUAUCUGCAGCACUUAAUGAGUAUUACUUGUAUUUAUAAUUGUGUAAUAUGCUCUUUUUAAUAUGAGAUCAUGUAAAUGAGGUUGUACUAUUAAAGAGUAGCUAUUUAUUUUUAUUUUUGGUCUUCUUUGGUUGUUAUCUGACCACAAAUGUCACAUGGCAUAUAAAUACAUUAUUAGUUCCCAUGCUGCUCUGAUCUGUAUCUUCCAUAUUGGAUCGGGACAAUUUGGGACAGUGUUUCCAUGUCACAGACUUGUUUUAGUAUUUACUUAAAUUGAUCUAAUGAACUUUGAAAUUGGAGUUACAAAACCAGCCUGAUCUCUAUUGAUACGACACUAUUUCCAAACUAAAUAAGCACACUUGAUUAAGCAUUAUAGAGUGUUUGUUUGAAAGUGACUGACUG